AUGGCCGAACGAACGCACCGCGCCGACGAGCGGCGCUUCCUCGACGAGCGCGGCGGCGAUAUCCACCUGACCCCAAACGGGCUGAACCCGGCCAACGUGAUGGAGAAGGCAGUGCGAGAGCGAAUCGUCGACAGCUACUUCUUCAAGGAGCAGUGCUUCGGUGUCAACGAGGCCGACAUUGUCAACCGGGUGGUAGACCACGUGUACUUCAUCGGAGGAACGUACGGCUCGACACAAAAGCCGACGCCGUUCCUGUGUCUCGCAUUCAAGCUGCUGCAGCUGGCCCCAGGGGACGACAUACUGAAAGAAUACCUGGAGUACGGCGGGGAGAAGUUCAAGUACUUGAGGGCACUGGCUGCUUUCUACAUCCGGUUGACAAGGCGGGCGAAGGACGUCUACCUAGUGCUGGAGCCAUACCUUGAGGACAAGAGGAAACUAAGGCGCAAAGGCAGGGCCGGCACGAGCUUGACAUAUAUUGACGAAUUCGUGGACGACCUGCUGAUAAAAGAACGUGUUUGCGGCACGAGUCUCUUGAAGAUGCCCAGCCGAGAUCUUCUAGAAGACCUGGACGAGCUGGAGCCCAGGGUCAGCCCCUUGGGAGACCUGGAGGACUUGCUCGAGGAAGACGAAGACGAGGAGAUGGCAAACGGACGUGAAGAGGAUGAUGAUAGGAGGAGCAGGUCGGAUUCAGAUGAUAGGGACGACGAGGACCGAGCGAGAGACCAGAUGGAGAUCGACCGCGAAGAAACGCCUCAGAGCCCAGACCGAACCCCUUGA